AUAACCUUGCGCUUUAAUUGUGUCAUGCUGUCUUUAACCACUAGAUGGCACUUGUUCACUCCAAUUAAUUUUGCCGGAUAUUCACGAAAAGGCCGAGAAAAACCGAAGUGCAACCCGGAAGCUUGUUUGUUACUGGUUGCUGUCAGCCCGUUGUUCGCGCGAUGUGUGCUGUCUGCUGCUUACCGAUGUGCGACUGUGUUGCCUUCACUUUUAUUUAAAACGGAAUAUGAGAUGAAUUGAUAACACGUUCCCCACGUACCGAAUUAAGACUGUUAAGGGCAGGAUGCAGUCCUCAAACCACAGACUACGAGAUAUGGAGCAGCACCACCCGCUGCUGUCGGCGGGUGCAGAUGUUGAGGCGGGGAGCCUGGGAGCCGGAGUGAUGGUUGGAGGUCCCCACUCGGGCCACACAGUGGGGAACCGCACACUGUGGUUCAUUCAGGACAGUUGUGGUAUGGUGUGUGCAGGCAUGACCUGGUUCCUGGUUCUGUAUGCUGAGUUUGUGGUGAACUUUGUCAUGCUACUGCCCGCCAAGAGCUUCUGGUACUCUCUACUGAAUGGAGCCACCUUCAACUCCCUGGCUGUGCUCGCACUGGCCUCGCACCUGCGCACCAUGCUGACUGACCCGGGUGCAGUUCCUAAAGGCAAUGCAACCAAGGAGUACAUGGAGAGCUUGCAGCUUAAGCCCGGUGAGGUCAUCUACAAGUGUCCAAAGUGUUGUAGCAUCAAACCUGAGAGGGCCCACCACUGCAGUAUUUGUAAACGGUGCAUCCGGAAGAUGGAUCAUCACUGUCCGUGGGUCAAUAACUGUGUGGGAGAAAAGAAUCAGAGAUACUUUGUGCUCUUUACUAUGUACAUUGCCUUGAUUUCUGCACAUGCCCUGGGUCUAAGUGGCAUGCAUUUCUUCACUUGUAUUAAAGUCCAGUGGAAUGAGUGCAGUGACUUCUCUCCAGGAGUGUCCGUGUUGCUGCUAAUCUUCCUCUGCCUUGAAGCCAUCCUCUUCCUCACUUUCACCGCUGUAAUGUUCGGUACGCAGAUCCACUCCAUUUGCAACGAUGAGACAGAGAUCGAACGUCUUAAAAAUGAGAAGCCGACGUGGGAGCGCCACAUGAGAUGGGAUGGGAUGAGAGCUGUGUUUGGGGGUCCGCCCUCACUCUUGUGGUGUAAUCCCUUCAUGGGUCUGCAGCUGCGGCGCCUGUUGCUGUUGAGUCACGGUCGCCGGGGCGGCUCAGAGUUUUCUGUUUGACAAUCUGGAUGAGCUGGCUGGGAGUCACGUGCUCUGUGGUAAAAACUGCAAUGGACUUCUCCCCGAGGCUGUCCCCAUCUGACGGGUAGACGGAUUACGGUGGAACCUCGGUGCGUCUGAACCGCCUCUCUGACUGUUGAGGACUCUACACCUUUGGCGAUGUUCUGCACAAGCAUCUUCAACAAUUGGACCGUUUAUCAAUACAUGAGUAACGCGUUGGGUUUUCUUUGUAAAGCAUGCUGUCUGGAACUCAAGAGACCAAAUUCAGCUCAUGCACUUUUAACAAGCAGCUCAAGGACUGUGCACAUCAAACAUUCAGAUGUUUUAAAGGGGCACGCUGCAGCGUAUCUUUUGUUAUGGUUGAGCCCAAAGCAUCACAGGCCCAAAUAGGGAGGACAGUGGACAUCAGAGAGCGUCCUGUCUGACGGAACAGCAACGAUAUGCAUGCAGAACAGCCCACUCGCUCUGUCUCAGGCUGGAAACGAGGCUUUCAUCAUCUUCAGAACUGAACAGGCUACUGUGAAUCAUGAGACUUCCUCUUAUUCAAGAGGACCCAGGUUUUAUUUCCCAUCUGUUCAUUUGCUUUGGGAGUUUUUGCUGCUUUGAGCAGAAAUGUUUUCUUCACAUGAGCCAUCAUUUUUAAUACAUGCCUAAUUCCUGCUGAAACAUCAUCAACUUCAUCUAGAGACUACUGUUAACCUAAGCCUUCAGCGGUUGUUUUUAUUUUAAUUCAUUUGCCGUUUACCCACUCCUACGUGCUGCUUAACAGCUUUGCUGCAUUUUUAGAACCACCAGAUGCCUCCCUUACAUUUUUGUAACAAGACAACUUUUUUUUUUUUUUCAUGUUUCCUAUUUGGGAAUUCGGAAGCCGCCUGUGGGUUUAAACAAGAAAUACGGGAGCGUUUGAAUGUUGCCUCAUUGCUUUUACACCCUGAAUCACGUUUGCAUGCACCUUUUUCACCUGUUUGCUGCAGCAACACCAAAAAAAAAGAGGAUUUGGGAACUUAACUGAUCUAUGGAUAAACCUGCAGGGUUUUCAAAAAUAUCAGCAGAUCCUUCAGGGCCAUUUUUUCUCUCCAUAGCGGGACAGGAGCUUCUCCUCAGUGUUAUCAAAGCAUUUUAAACCAUGCAGACUCUUGAAUCGGUUUUUGCUGUUCGUAAAUAAAAGAGCCUGGCUGCACCGGUAACUGCUGCUUUCUGAACAUAAGAUUUAAAGUCGAGUAUCUGGUAUGGCAACCUCAUAUUUUCUGCAAUUUGUACAGAAUUGUGUCUUUUUUUAAUGUGGUUGUAAGGAGAUGAGAAUCUCCACCGUUUACAAAACACAGUGAAACUGAAAGCUCUUGGGCUACAUGUGUUAGCAAACAUCCUGUCAUUUGAAUGUAUAACUGUCUAAUUUAGGACCAGAGCACUGAGCGCUUGCAUCACAUCAGGUGAUUUUUUUCAUUCUGGCCUCUAAAAAUGUUGCUGUAGUGAAAGAUUUUCAUCUUAAGCAUAUGUCAUCCAUCAAGUUUUUAAAUGACAACAAGCAAAAAUCAGCCAAUAUGCCCUGGAGGAAAUCACAUCACAUCCAGAUGUAUGUUUAAAAUGCAGGUAGUUUGACAUUUGUUUGGAAAGCUGUAUUGUUUUGCGAAUGCUUAAAUAUGAUGUUAAAUGAAGCAGCAGCUGGUUUUGUAAACCAUUGCAAAAUGACAUUCAGAUCUAACGAGGAAAAGUCCAGUUAACAAACGAUGUUUACUAGAUUAGAAGCCAACCUCCAAAGCAGGUCUUGGAGUAAUGAGGCUUACGUGGUUGUUUGUGUCUUGCUGAAAACAGAGUUAAAGAGGGACUGACACAUGUCAGUGGUGGGGCAGCAUGCUAUGUUUUUAACAGUAGGAGCGUCUUGUUUCAUGACUGAACUCGGACGCUGUUAAUGUCUCAAGAUGAGAUUCUGUUAUGAGGUGUGUGGUUUUACGUUCGUGUUCAGUCCAGAUGAGCAGUUGGAACAGAUUUAAUCCAUCAUGAUUUCUCGACCUGCUGCUGUGUGACAAAAAGAUUUGGUCACUGUGAUGAGACAGAUGUUGUGCAUAUGAAAAACGGUCAUAACACUAUGCUGUCAAAACUUUUUCUCACUAGUUUGUGGUUAAAGAGAAUUUACGCCGAAUGUUUGGGUUAAAGAGACUUUUUUUGUAAUGUACAGUAACAACGAUAGAUGUCCUAUUUAACUCUGCCAUGAACGGUUUCUUUAAGAACAAAAAUCUUUCAAUUUUAUAAAUAAAGUAUAAAGGUAACUAUUAAUGACAUGUUAAACUGAAUGUGUUGAGUUUAUUUUAUUUUAAAGUGUGUCAAAAUGUCAUUGUUAAUGUCAUUCUUUUACAUAAUAAACUUGAAUAAAUCAA